CGUGCCUGCCGCCCGCCGGCCCGCAGCCGCCGCCAUGCCCGAGGACUCGGUCCGGGAGGCCUACAAGCUGCCCCCGACCCGCACCCCCGAAUCCGACAGGAUCACAUCGGUGCCCAACCCGGCCCAGUUCUUUCAGACCGUCUUCAACUAUGUCGUGGACGCGCCCAUCACCUUCGUCCGAGAGUGGAUCGAGCGCCAGCACGCCAAGAACAAGUUCUACUACUACCACCAGAAGUUCCGCCGGGUGCCCGACCUGAGCGAGUGUCUGGAGGGGGAUUACCUCUGCUACUUCGAGGCUGAAGCACAGUGGAGGAGGGACAGGAUGGUCGACCAGGAGAUUGUGGAGAUCAUCCGGGAAAGGCUGGGUGCCUGCAAGCACAGGGAAGGACCCAACCAGUUCCAGAACUGUGCCAAGGAGAUGGAGCUGCUGGCACAGGUCACCAAGGCCUACCAGGACAGAUAUGGGGAUCUUGGUGUCCAUGGAAACGCCAGGACAUGCCUGAUGAAGCAGAAGCACAGGAUGAUGGAGGAGAGGAAGGCACAGGCAAAUGCCUCUCAGUAGGUGGACGUGGCCAGCACCUGUCCACGGUGCCUGUGCCCAGUGCUGCAUGUUGGACCUCAAUAAAUGUGCAGCCC